UUGGAUGCAUCAAUCACGAUCACAACAAAAAUUCGGUGACACUUCCGAUUCACUGCUCUAUCGGCGGCGGCGGCGACGGCGCAUUCUGCCACAACACACGACGAGUUCGGCAACGGGUGAAAUGAGGUUCGUGCAGCCAUUGCAAUUGUUCCAUAAUUUGGCCAAGGCAACCCAGAAGGAACGUGGAAGGUUGAUUGGUUUAGACGUUGGUGAUAAAUAUGUUGGCGUUGCUCUUUCUGAUUUUGAUAACAAAAUUGCCUCACCUUUCAGUGUUCUGAUCAGGAAGAAGUCAAAUAUUGGGUUAAUGGCUUCUGAUUUUGAGACCCUGAUAUCUAAAUACUCCUUGAAGGGCUUUGUUAUUGGAAUCCCUUUUAACAACUUUCGGGUGUCUCCUGAUGCUGUACAAGUGAAGGUCUUGAUUGAUGCCCUCAGUAAAACCAAAAAGCUUGAAGGUCUAAAUUAUACGUAUUGGAAUGAGUGCUUCACCUCACAGAAUGUUGGGUUGCUGUUAAAGCCUUUGAACUUGAAUCAUCCAGUUCAUUCCAAGACUAUACUAGACAAGUUUGCUGCUGUAGGAAUACUUCAGGGGUACCUGGAUUAUGUUAACAGAAAAAUGAGGCAGCAAGCAACACAAUGAUUAUGGUACUUCAUUUUGGAUACUCUUAUAGAUGCGUAUCAGGUACAUAUGGAAAUAUUUUAAUUUAAACAAGGUACGGCUUGAGUAUGCGCACAUAAAUCUUUUUUAUCCGUCUUUUUAAUUUUUUUAUGCAUACAACUACGCCGCAUCACACAUAUUGUCCGUUCCUUCCCGAUUUUGGUAGUAAUUAGAAACCAAAGUUAAUAAGAAAAUCUGUAUUGAAUUUCUAUCAAAAAAUAGAACAUAUUAUUGUAUUAUAUUAUUGAUUGAAUUCACGGGUAAAACCUGCGUUUUCUUUUUAUACUUAUGACUGCCUUUUGGUGUAGUGAAUAUUUUAAGUAAUACUUGUAGUUUACACUUUCAUUAAUCAUCCUUGCAGGUUUGGCCACCUGAGUAAGAGUAAGGGAAGAGAAAAGCUGAGUUCAUAGAAAGAUCUAACUUCUAACAUCAAUGACAUUCAUUCAUAUUGCUGGAGUCACUCAUGGUCACCACAAAAUUUGUUAGUUCCGUAGUAGAUUGAAGAGGACUUCGUUAAAACUUUGGGAGACAAGUGUAAAAUCUCACAUUUUGUUUGUAGAAUUAGAAGGAAAGCAGAAAACACUCAAUCUUAAUUGCUUUAUCGAAAUGCUGCAAGUAAAUUUUUCUAGGAGUAGGCAUCCUUUUAUUUUACCGAGGGGACUAAUGACUCUUUUUUUUGCAACAAUCUGUAAGUCAAGCUUGAUGCCAUGUUCAUUGUAAUACCCCUUGAAUUGAUCAUGAGUCACAACAAGCACGAGGAAUAAUCUCACUUUUCUGAAGUAUGAUUAUGCAAAUAUAUGACCAAGAGUUCUGGAAU